GCGAUUAUUAUAUUAUAAUAACAUAUAGCAUUAUGUCCAAUGUGAGUUUUUGCUGUUACGAACAGGCGGACGUGAUGAAGUGCGUGGACACAAUUGUGGACAAGUGUACGGACCCCGGAUGUGAGUAUAUGAAAUGUGUACAUACCUACUCGUAUAUAAUAAUGUAAACAGUUUGGUCAGUGUUUUUUUUUUUUUUUUUUGUUUGUGUGGUCUUUUCCGUUCGUUCCCUGUUUAAUUCUCGACGAUUAACGCGCGCGUGUUCCGCGCGGUCCCGCGAUUUUGUCGCCGCGAUAACACGCGAAAAAAUACGUCCGAGUAAAGAAUGAAAUUAACCCUUACUUCCUUUGAUUGUCAUUCCGUCCUAGGGGACUACUGUGUAUAUAUUCGUACCCGCGCAUUAAUUAAUCACGGCUGUGUACAAACGGACGGUUCAUAAACCACGGUCGCGGGUUACAUAACACGGUACAUAAUACCUACCCGGUAAGCUCCCUGGAAAUCUCGCACAUUGUUUGAAAAUCGUCCGCGCAAUGUAAACGCCGCACUCGGUUGAUUUUUUUUUUUUUAAACCUACGCACAACAGUAUAUUAUACUGUACAGGUGUGGUAGAUAUAACUGCCUUUUCUUUUUUUUUUCUUUUUUUUUUUCAAAUCUCUUAUGUACGAAUUUUGAAGGCGUUUGGUUUUUUUUUUUCCUGUAGGUACCUGCACACAUAGUUCAACAUUUCAUCUCUAUUCUCGUCUCCAAUCGUAUUUGAUUAUAACCGAACGAUUAAGAAAAACCAAUUAUUCCCGUUGUUAUUCGCGCUUCCCUUUUGUAACUCAAUUCCUCAAAAUAUCCCUUCGUCUUCGUACCUACAAUUGCCAGUCUUCAAGACCAUACUGACAAACGUAUACCGCGUGACAUCUUUCCAUAGGUAUUCAAAGCUGCAACCCCCCCCCCCCCCCCCCCCCCCGCCCCAAAUUAGUAUUUCGACACUCUGCUCGGGCUAACCGUUCGAGCACAAUUAGUUUAUUGAAUAACUCCAAAACUAAGCAAUUUUGCUCAUAACGGUCGAAUUUCGUCCACAAAAAAUAUUAGCCCAAGUAGAGUAUUAAAAUCAUAAUAAUUUGGGAGGGCCACAAAAAUGGAUCCGUUUCAUAUAACGUAACAUCAUUUUUUUAAGGGACUUCAUAAAUUUUGUAUUUAUUUUUAUUAUUGACAUUUUUUUUUUAUGGUGGUGAGUCUGUAUGAUUUUUUCCGGUAUCCGAUAUCCGAUAUUUGUUACCCGAUCCGAAAUUUGAAAUUGAAACCCACGAUAUUGAACUAAUAUAAACCGAUAUUAUAUUGGUUGGAAAUCCAAUUUAUUUUUUUUCAAAGCUUUUUUCACAUUCCAGAGACAUUUUAGACAUUUCGUCCGAUUUUAUAUCCGGUCAAUUAUCGGUUAUAUCUUCAAUAUCAGUGUAUGCCGAAGCUCACUGCGAAAAUUGCCUAUUAAAAAUAUGCAAUUUUAAUGUCGUUAUCACAUAACAAGACGGGCAUACGGUCUUAUAUAGAGAUAUGGAAUACACACACGAACCUUGUACAAUAGGUCUACUCGUAUAAUAGUAUAAAUACGCAUGGUUUACGAGUAGAAAGUAAUUUUUAACUUAACUAAGUUAUCAUUUUCCUGACAAUUUUUUACUUAACCUAGUUACUCAAAUUCAUUUAUAUGUUAAAAUUAACUUUAAUUUAGUUUAGUUAUUUCGUAUUUUAUUUUAUUUUUUUUUUUUUUUUUGAUAAAUAUUAACUUAAACUCGUUAAAAAAAAUUAGUUAACUCGCCCGGCUUUGCAUGUUGCUUUAAUAUAAAUUAAUUUUCCAUAGUUAUUUUAGAGCUUCGAAAUCUGUGCCUGCUCUGUAUUCAUUAUAAUAGAUACCCAUCUACAUAAUUUAUACGGUCGAUCGCUUUAAACGAUAAAAUAUUCAUUAUCUAAACUCCAUCGUCGCGUAUAACGUUUUCAAAUUAUUAUUUUAAAUACUCAAAUAUUUUCGGUAUAUUGAUGACGAUGGGCUGAGACGAGAGUAUAAUUAUUUUAUUUGUUAGUCUGACUUUGGGUUUUUUUUUUUAAACAUUUUUAUCGUCAUACAAAACUACCAAUUCAUUUAAAAGUAACAUACUUACGUUCAACCGCAUUAAUUUCGUGUGUGAAUGUUAUUGUUACCAUCGAUAAAUGCCAGAAAUGCUAGUAAACAUACAUUUUUUUCGCGUAUAAAGGUCAUUCGGUAUACCCGUACAAAAUUGUCUGUAUACCUAAUGCAUAAUAAUAAUUACAAUGACCUUAAAGUAGAUAGGUAAGUAUAAUAUUAUUAUUGCGAAAAAAUUAUAACUAUAUAAAAUGAUUAUAGGUCGUAAUCAUUCGUAUUAUGUAUUAUAUUAUAUAGGUGUUAUUACAAUAUAUGAGUUUAAGCAAUUUCAAUAUUAUUGAAACAGUUAAUCGAAAUGCCUACAUAAUAAUGUUCUAAUUUAUUCAAUAGUUGAAUAAAGUUUUUGUCAUUAAUUUUGAAAUAGGUACUGUUUUAGGGUUUAAAAGAAAACUUUAUAAAUCUGUACACACCAAACAAAUAUUUAAAUCGUACAUCAGAUUAUUAUUUUACAAUGAAAUCGUUUUUUAAAUUUUUUUGGAACGGUCACUUGUUUUCCUUAACUAUAUUACAUUGUCAUGUGAAUGAAUAAGUAUAAAAUAUUUAAUUGAUGUUAAAAAUUACAAACAAUAAAUUUACGGAUAAUAUAAUUGUAUACACGGUAUGGUUUUUAUUUCCGGUUUUACGUCUUGAAACGAAAAAAAAAUCUCAGUUUACGAAAGACACAUGUUUUCAUUAAACAUUGCAAACGACAGUGGCAUACCUAGAGGUUUAAAAACAAGGGAGCUUUAGCGCCCACACCUAUUGAUCGCUUUUAUAAAAUACAAUAAAAAAAAAGUAAUAUAAAGGUAUUUAUCAUUAAAAACGUAUUACUGAUCUUUACUAUACAAUUAUAUACUUUUCAAAAUAUCAUUAAGAAAAAAGCUUUAGAUAUAUAAAACAUUGGGUGCAUUAAUAUUUAUAUAUUAUUUUUAUUUUUUAUGUUUAACCUUUAUUUUCUUAGUAGUUGGAGUGUUUUACAAUAUUAUUUUUUUUAGGUCUUUGCGACCCUAUUUAAUUUAUUUGAAAAAAAAACCAAAAUUAUACUACUUAUAGCUAUGAGUUACUCGAGUUUUGUACUUUUACUUUUAGUUAAACGAUAUUUGUUACAAUAAUUAUUUCUGUUUAAAUUCUGUGACUAGACAACAAUUUUCUGUACAGCAAGACAUCUUCCUGUAAAAUUUCAUCAAAAUCUCUGAGAAAAUAACCGAUAUAUAAACCUGUAACAAGCGGACGAAUUUAUAAAUUUAUAAGGAUUUCUUUUUUGCCAUUUUGAUUUCAGAACCCUAAAAAGUAAAAAUACAUCGCAUUAUUAUUUUUAUCGUUUCUAAAGUUUAUUAGUACUGGAGCUCGAAAUCGUAGUUAAGAAAAACGAGAGAUUUAAAAAUGUAGUGUUAGGAAACUUACAAACAUAGGUACGAAAAAUGAUUUAUAAUUUUACAAAUUACGGUUCUAUUUUUUUUUGUGUAUCUUAAAAAUAAAAUCGUUUUCGAGGUGGCAUAAAUUUUUGUCAAAAGCUUCGUCCGACAACUUUGUAAUUAGGUACUUUCAUGGAUAUACAAUAUAGUUGAAAGCGAAUAGUUUUAUUUAUAAUAUUUUAUUAAUAUUUUUAUUUAUACUGUGCAGCAUUUUCUACAAAUAAUAAAAAUGAAACACAUAUAUUUUAAAGUUUUAAAGACCUAACCUCUACAUCGUAUACAUCAGAGUAAGAAAAAGUGUUCACAUAAAAAAAAAAAAACUUUGUAUAACCUAUACAUUCUUUAUUCCACUCAAAAUCUAAAAAACAUUUAAUAAAUUUAGUAGAAACACUUUUAUUAGAAUGGUUUCUGUAUUUAAUUAUAUGAUUUUUAAGCUUUUACUAUAUUAAUAAUAAUUAUUGACUAUAACGACUUAUAGUAUUAUUAUUUAUCACUAUACCUUACGAUUUAUUAUUAUUGCUCAUAUUAGGUGUUAUUUUACUAUGAUCUUUUGCAAUAUUUAAAUGUAAUAAAUAUUAUGUGUUUUUUUUUUUUAACUAAUUUAAUUAUUUUAUUAAUGACCUAUUGACUUAAUAAAUCAUAUUAUUAUUACUACAAGAUAUUAAUUUAGGUAAAUAGUUCCCGAACAAUAUUUGGCGAAAACGUCCCAUUACAAAAUACAUUUUGACGGAAACGGGAAUCAUACCAUUUUCGUUUUUGGUGGAUAAAGGCUGUGUCCGAUAUGGCUCCUUAACCCUCUUCCUUCUUGUAAAUAACCAGUAUUUGUUAAAUGUAGGACAGAAAAUCGCAAUUUUUAUCCGUCCCAAUCUUAGUACCCUAUGAUAUCAUUACGUAUUAUUUAGAUUGUAUUCCAAUAACAAUACUGUUGUAUUUUCGAGGAAAAAGAAAUAAUAUAAUUUUGUUUUGACAUCGUAAAUCCGUUGUUUACCUGCAGUAGCUGCCUAUACGUGAUGUUUACGUGCGGGCAAUAACACCAAUAACAAACAUAAAAUGAUCUACUUGGGUAUAACAUAUAAAAUAGGUCAAGGACCCUAUAAAGCUGUGACGUUGACCACCCAAACAGAGAGUUGUGUUUUUGUGUAUUCUUACGAGACUGAAUGUUUGACGAGAGUUAUUUAUAGGUAACAAGGGAAUGUUCCCUAAGGAAUAUGAUUACAGUCUUGUUGUCGUAUAAUAAUUAUUGCCAAAUGGCGAUUACUUCUGACAAGAAAUAAAUUGACUCUUAGCUAUCUGAUUAAACUAUUUUAUAAUAAUUGUUUUACACUUGUAUUUUUUUUGAUAAAGAAAUUUUAAUAUCAAAUUUUGACGAAAAUCGUUUCAGUAAUAAAUUAUGUGAACAAUUUUAAUUUUUCUAAUUUUUUUUUUUAUUUGAAAAUAUGUAUUUUGUAGAUUUAAGAACAAUAGUAGAUUUAGAAUUGGGCAAACUGACUAAGUUUCGAAAUAACAACUUUUAAAGUUCUAAUAUUAUGUGUUAUGUAAAAUAAUUCUAUAUUAUUUAUUCUUAUAGGUUCGUCACAGCCAAAUGGUUACACAUACCUUUUGUUAUCUUAUGGAUCGCGAGUUCAACCCCAAAUUUCGAAAAAAAUUGCUUGCACUUAUUUUUUUACCUAAACAGGGAAAAAAGGCAUUUGAGGUGUACCUAGAGACCCAGCUAUCGCUCGCUCGGACUAUUUCAAUCGCAGAAUACCCUUCGAUUUGUUGUGCAAACUUUUCUACCAGAAAUCUUGCUUCAAUGUAAUAAGUUUAGCUUAUUUUCUGAAAGGAAAUUUUAUCUCCGUGAUAAUUUAAAGAGGCCAUUUUUUGACAUUUCAAGUGGUUUUCAUAAUAUCUGGGAAAAACCGGGAUAAAAUGAUGGAAAAAAGGAAAAUAUACGAAAUGUAACUAUUAGUAAAAAAAUAUGAUGGCCUAUAUUUAUCUGUGAACAAUUUUUUUGUCAGCAAUUUUUCUCCGAUUUACAAUUACAGUACUUUUUCUGAAAGGAAAUCUGACCGGGGAGUUACUUUAGGGAAGUAAUUUUUCGAUUUUGCUAAAAGUUUUCCCAGCAAAUGUGAAAAACCGAGAAAAACGUACAAUAUUAAAUAAAUAUUAUUAGAGAAAAUAUAUAAAGCCUAUUUAAUUGUUUUACUAUAACAUGACAUAUAUAUUGUUGACAAAUCAUCACUUUUAACUGAACUGCGCUCAGAAUCGUUUUUUCGUUAACAAUGGUUUAUCUUUACUUACAGAUAUACAUUAAAUUAACUAUAACAGUGGCUACACCCGUCUCCAUUAUCCUAGGACGUCUUUUUUUAAAACUUAAAUUAAGUUUAUUUUCAAAUAUUUUUGUGUCGAUACCUUUUUUUUUUUACCUAAAUGCAGUACGGCUACAGUUCGACCAUUUCCUUUUAUUUUAACCCAACUUCAAUCCGUCUAAAAUAAGUGCAACUCGAGCUAACAUAAUUUUACAUAUCCGUUGUGAAUGAAUUCUGCAAAAUUAGGUAUACAAUGGGUUUAAAAAAAAAGAAAUGUUUAAAUGUUUUAUACUGAAUAAAUUAAAAACUAAUAUAUACCCGCAGUGAAUACAGCAAUAGAGGUAGGUCGUAGGUUUGAUACCUAAUGAAUAACAGUGAGUAAAAAAAAAAAAUCUCCAUUAAAAAAAAACGACAGCAGUAUUCGCGCGGAGACAAUGAAAGAGGACAAUUUGCUCAGGGCUCUUCUUUUAUUGUCUAUUAUAAACGUUUUUUUUUCGCCGGUUAUAGUAUUUACACUGGUUUCCCUCUUAUCGUCUGCACUUUCCAUGGAACAAACUAGUUACGACCUGAACUUCGGCGCUAACGUUUUCCAUUGUUUCUCCCUAAUUUAUGCACUCGUAUCUACUGCGUGUUAUACACGCAUCUUGUCAGUUGUUGAGUUGUCAUUUCGCCACCGCCCUUUUUGUUUUAUUCAUGUAUAAAAUUUCUACACUUGGUGCCUAUUCUAAUUAGCAAGUACACAACUCUGGAGAUGUUGAGCGCAUGUAUAAAAAUUUCUCUGGUAGGUACUUAUAUAACAGUAACUGUUUUUCCAUGUCUAUUUUUCAACUCGUAUUUUUCGCUAUAGAUUGUCGGUGAAAUAAAGAAAAAAACUGUAAGUCGUUUAUACACGUCGUCUCAGGAAAUGCGUGUGCGCACGUCAUCGCGAUAAAGAGACGGGAUACCGAGCACUACAUAUUAUAUACUUACACGUCUCGCACUUCACUUCAAGGGAACAGUUUUUUUUAUUAUUCUUAUUAUUCUUAUUAUUUUUUUUUUGAUAAAAUCACACCGAGCUCCACUCAAAAUAAGAUGUUUUUUUUUAUUAAUUUAUCGUUGUAUUCACAGUUUUUACCAUAUAAUUUCCCUGAAAAAUAUUUAAUACAAAUUCAAAUGUUAUAUUUAAUACAAAUGACCUACCCACGAUAUGAAAUAGGACAUUUUUUUAUGGAGGUUUUCUGUGUCCAACCUUCUUUUUUUCUAUAAACUUAUAUAUUUACAGUGUAAUUAAUUCUCGAUAGGACACGCGAUGUUUUGGAAAGUAUUUUUUUUUUUAACAGCUAACUUUUUUAACUUUUUUAAAAUAAAUCUCAUAUUAUUGCUUUUUUUUAUUUUUUGGAGUGAAACUCAGUGUUGUGAAAAAAUAAAUCCCUAGAACGAAUUGCUUUCACAGAAACGAAGCUUGGAACGCAUUAUUUUUAAAAUAUAGAAACGGAGACCAGAAAAAUGUUGGUUCCUAAUUAUGAGGAACGUGAACAUAAAUUGCCGUUCCUCCUAUUAUGAAAAAAAUAUAUAAUAUGGUUAACAGAAAGAUUAAAGUUAUUUAAAAAUAUUUCGAAACAUUAUUAAAAAGACACGGAUAACGUAGCAUAAACAAAGACAUGAGGUACGUACCAUACUGCAUAGCCAGAACAGGAAAUAAAAAAAGAAAAUCCAAAAACCUUGCAGGAAGAAGUAGCAAGGAUAAUAGAAAGACUUAAUAGCAUCAGACAACUUGCCGAGAAACACAACAAAUAUAAUAAGGGUAUUCAUAAACUUCAUACAAGCUUACGAUUCCAUUAGUAGACAAGAGUUAUGGAAGGUUCUAAGAUGUUUUGGUAUUCCUCAAAAAAAUAUUGAUUUGAUCAAGAUGUGUAAUCGUAAGAAUAUGAAUAGUAAGACUAUUUUUAAGAUAAAAUAUCAACAAGAAUUAUUUGAAAUGUUUGAAGUGAAAUCUGACCUUCAUCAAGUAGACGUGUUAUCAUCAAUGCUAUUCAAUGUUGCCUUUGAAUUGGUUGUGAUAACAGCUAACUAAACGUGGAAAAUGGAAGUAGGUGGAAUUGAAGUCAUUUUUGCCUAUUCUGAUGAUGUGGUCGUAUUGGAAAGUUCUAAAAACGAAGUGGAGUAAACCACAAUAAAGCUCUUGGAAGCAGGCAAGGUCAUAAGCCCAGAAGUGAAUCAAGGAAUAACAAAAUAUAUGUAUAUAUCACGAAACGAUAAUAAUGGCUCAAAUGUACAAGUAGAUUCAUAUGUAUUUAAAAUAUUAUCAUCGUUUAAAUAUUUACGAAUCAAUAUAAACAACAAAAAUAACGUAGUUACACGAAGAAAUAAAAAAAACCAAUAGCUGGCGUAAACAGAUUUCAUUACAAGAAAAUUUAUACACAAGUUACUUGAGACUAGUGUUAACAUAUGGGUGUGAGACGUGGGCUACUACAAAAGGUGACUACUCUAAAUUAUGUAUAACAUAAAGGAAAGUGCUCAGAAAAAUGUUUGGCCCAGUUCAUAAUAUGGACACGAUCAAAUAUGAAUGAAGGUUAGAAAUAUACUAUUGUAUAGUAGAAUUAAGAGAAUAAAAUGGGUUGAACAUGUUUGGAGGGCAGAUAGAAAAACUAAAAAACGAGUCACAGAAAGAAGAAUUUCGGGAAAAUGACCUCUAGGAAGACCCCGAAAUAAAUGGAAGGACGUAGAGUAAAAAAAAAUAUUUAACAAUGACCCAUGCAAAUGUGUAAAUAGUGGAUGCGAGUGAUAAGAAUUGAUGGAAUGAAAUAGUGUUGGCAGCGAAAUUUGCUUUGUCGUGCGUUUGUAAGACUGGAGGACACGGAGACCGCACAUGCAAUUAUCAUUUACUUGCACUUAAAGUUGAUAUUUGAAAAAUUUAAAAAUCGAUUCCAAACAAAACAUAUUUUAAUCCGAAGUGAAGACAGUAUAUGUAUAUAUAUUACAUCGUUCGCCUCGUAUAAGCGUAUUCCCGCAGUCAUCCGGUCGUUGGGUUUGAAAAAUUCUGUUAUAGUUUUUCACAGUCGUUCUAUAUAUUUCGACACUCGACAAUGGCACUUUUGAGAGGUUCGGUUUUAGUUGACUAUAAGUACUUUUAUUUUAUUGUGUCGAACGCGAACGUAAACAAUUUCCAAAACAAAAAAAUCCUAUACCGAUGGCCACGAUGUCGUUGUUGUCACCAUGGCACUCGUCACAUAAGCAAAAGUACUUAAGAAAAAGUUUUGGGAACAUCUGCUUUAAGGUUUUUAAACAAAUAAAAAUCCUUUUUCAGUGAAGUAUAAUAAAUGCGGUUGUAUAAAAACGAUUAUGUCAGUACUUGUUCUUAUUAUUCUUCGAUGUUCCACCUUACGAAUUUUUAUACAUCGUACAUCGUACAAGUACAUCGUUUAAAAAAAAUAUGAAAUCUACAGCAACGACUUUCAAUGGGAAAUUUAAAAUCAAAGUGAUAUUAAUAUUACGAACAUGUUAAACUAUUAUAUUUUUCAGUGUACAGGUUUCAAACUACUAUGAACGGCAAAUAACUUAGUUUAUACAAUAUUUAUUUGUCAGAAAAAUAACAUAAUAAUCAGUGGCGUAGUCAGAAGAAGUUUUGAGUGUUGUAACCCCGCAUUACUAUUUUGUUCAGCUUUAGGUAAGGUUAAGAAGGUUGUAGACCCUUUUCCCCUCCCCAUUGAUUAAUUUUGGCUACGCCACUGAUAUUAAUAUACUUAUCAGUAGAGCUCGGAUUUAAAUAUUCCUAAAAUCCCCGAAAAGUUCUUAAAAAAGGCUUUUAAAAAUCCCGGGGCUAUCAGCUCUAAUAUUUUGAACACAAUUUUCUAAAAUUAGAAAAUGAUUAACACAAAGUAUUUUUUUUAUAAUACAUACAAUUUUAUUUUAAAACAUCACUUAGCGUUUCCUUUUUUGUAGUGUUAGACAAUUUUUGUAUUUAAUGUCAUUAAUAGAGUUUUUUAAUAUCAGUUUUUUAAGGAGGCUAAUAAUAUGAAAAAUAAUUUUUCUUAAUCAAUUAUUGAUUACUUUCAAUAUUAAUGUUUUGCAACAGCAAUACCUAUUUCAUUUAUAUCAUAAUACAAAUUUAUUUUAUUAUUACCCGACAGCGACACGUGUCGGAGAUGUUUAUCCAAAUGCGUUUCGCUGUAUCAUAUAAUAUAUAUUGUGUAGGACGACACACUGCUGCGCCUUUCGUCCUGCUGCAUCAUUUAUUUAGAUACGUGUGCGGAAUGUAUCGGAGUACAUUUUAAAAGGUUGUUUCCACAGAUAUAUACAUUAUAAUAUAUAAUAUAUAUAUAUCUGUGGUUAUUCCCGAGUAUUACCUACUUUUUUAACUUACCUUUAUAGCUGGUAAAAGUGACAGGGAGGUGUGGAUAAAAGUUAUGAACCUAACCUAUAAAAGUUUAGCCGUGUUCGACUGAGUUCGUUGAUUCGAUAACGACCGCCAAACCGCUACAAGGUAUCUCUUAUUUUAGACACACCAUGUUAUAAUAUUAUGUGUUGGACAUUUGCUCGUUAAUUAGUAGGUUCAUAUUAUACUAAAAAAGUUUCCAAAGGCGUGGAAGUAACUAUACGAAAUUACGAGAAAGUUACUAAGUCAUUUUUUUUUCGGAUAAUUUAUCGGUAAUAGGUAGCUCAUUAUAACGAGUUACUUACUUUUUACGGUCUUAAAAGUUACUUUUAAUAGUACAUUAUUUAGUCACUUAUGUCAACACGUAUAUAAUAAUGUUAAUGUAUCAUAUUAAACUAUACGAAUUUUCGUAUUUUAUCAUUUUUCGACGCGUUUAUUUUAUUUUUUUAUUUUUGUCUAUGUUACUUUAUGACGAUUUCACGCGUAUUUCCAAUAAAUAUUACGUGAAAAUCGUAUAAUACGCGCAAUAGAUUUAUUUACUUAUGUCGGAAUAUGUCAAAUCGAACGAAAAUACAUAAUAUUUUGUUUGUCAAUCAUAAUUUGUUCAUGACGAAUUAUAUUUUAUGUGCAUACAAACCAGCUGCGCUGGAGGUACAAAUGUGCAGAUAUCCACGUUUGUUAUUUUAAUUAGAACUUCUUAUUUUUGUUCAGCGUUUUCGUAUCGGAAGCAAUUAAUUUGGAAACCUAUCCUUCGUCCGCGGCCGUCGCGAUCGUCUACCUCCCCCCGUCAUCGCUGCAGAGAAUUUCGUCGCGGCCUCCGAUUCCGCCUACGGUGUAAUCCCCGCAGUAAUCGUUUAUACCUAUCAAAAGUAAAUAGGAUAUCACGAAGAGAUUUGAUCGGUUUUCUGUCGAUGUUUAGAGUUUAUAUUUUAUUGCACUAAUGAUUAUUAUUAUCUAUAUAUUGUCGUAUAUCCGUGUGGAUCGUUUUCCGUAAAUCACGACGUUCCACUUCCGCAGAUAACAUUUUCUUCGGUACAAUACGGUGGCAUUGAGUUGUAAAUCUCCAAGUUUACGUAUUACGUUAUACCUAUUGUACCUAUCUACCUAAUACCUAUAAUACCGAUUUCACUAUCAAAAGUUACAUCCUACAAUGUAUAGUAUACUAUACAUAUAUAAUUUAUAUACAAGUGUCCCACGAAGAUAUACCCAUUUCGAUUUCUCUUCAGAUAAUAAAGAUAAUCAAAUUCUGUUUUUUUUCUUCAUAUUACUCGCAGGAGUAAGGGAAAAAACAAAAAAAUAACUUUCUAUUUUAUUAUUCAAAAAAUUUGAAGAUAGCCAUUUUAUAGAAUUAAUUUUUUUAAAAAUGCUGACAUGUCAAUUUUGUAUUUUCAUUAAACUCAUGAUUUUUAACAAUUUUUAAAGUUCAGAGAAAAAAACCUAUAAUUAUGCAGCAAACUGUAAUCGCAUAUAUAUUACUAAUUGAUUAAUAUAAUUUUGGCUGAUUGACACUUUUAGAUUCUGAGUGGAGUGAUGAUUGUGUUGGUUUUACAAUGAUCUCUUUUCUUUUUUUCUGUGAACAACUUUUCUACCAAACAUUUUACUUUGAUUUCCAAGUGUAGCACUUUUUCUGAAAUAAAAUCUAAAAACGGUGGUACUUUAAGGAGGUCAUUCAAAGGUUUUCGUGAUAAAUGGGAAAAAAGUAGGAAAAAUGGAAAAAUGUCCGAAAUGUAUUAUUUUCAAAUCGUAAAUAUUACAGCUUUUCAAAACAUUUAUAACCGAGCUCCGUUUAGAAUCGUUUUUCGUUAGCAAUGAUUAAUCGAUGCGUACAGGUAUACAUUAAAUUUCACCUCAGUCUUCCUAACUUCUCACCUACAACACUGGUCCAUCCAUCAUACAAAGUAUGUCCAUUUUUUUCUGAACUUCAAAAAAAAUAUUACAAAUCACGAAUACAAUGAAAAUAAAAAGUUGAAAUGUCAAAAUUUUGAAACGUAUAAUAGAAUAUAAAAUUGCUAUCUUCAAAUUUUUCAAAAAUAAUAAAAUAAAAAGUUAUUUGUUUAAAUUGUUUAAUAAAACAUACAAAUUAGUUGAAAUAUAAAUAUUUGUAGUCCUUAUCCCUGCGAGUAGUUAACAUAAAAAGAAAAAAAAACAAAAUUUGAUUAUCUUUAUUAUCUCCGGAGAUGGGUAUAUCUUCGUGGGACAUUAUAACCAUAUAUUAUACACUUAAUUGGCGAUAUAACAAAUGAAACUAUCGUUCCCUUGAAAAUCUCUUGAUGUAACGAAAAAUUAAAUAUAUUUUGGUUCCCUUGAUGUAACAUAUUUCUUUUGGCCUAAAAUCUUGCGAUGUAACACAUUUCCACAAUAUUUUGGAGCUUGAUAUUACGAAUUUUCAAUUUUCAUUGAGAUUCAAUACGUUAUAGUGAGUCGACGAAAAAUACAUACCUUAUAAAAAUAAAAAUACAGUAAAAAGAAAUAGCUUGCUGUUACGAAGUUUUUCUGGCAUACAUAUCGCAAUAUAUUAUCGCUAUUAAGAUAAAAUAAAAUAUCGAUAAAUGUAUAAUGGCUCUACGAAAUAUAUACAGAUUACAGAAAAUAUGUUUUACAUUAACGUUCAUAACAUGUAAAUAAUAUUAUUAUUAUUAUUAUAUUAUAAUACCCCUGCACGAGUCUUCUCAGUGGGGCCCAGUACUCUUAUGAAUAUGAAAUAAAAUAAAAUAAUAAAAUAUAUAUAUUCAUUAUUACUGAUCCAAUUAAUGUAUUUCAUAUAUUAUAUUAUGUACCUAAUACAUAUUGUGAUUUUACUAUAUAAUAUAUAUGUAUUAUAUUUUAUUUUAUAUGUAUGUAAAUAUUAAUAAAAGAAAAUAAAUAUGUAUUUGUAGUGUGCCGAUUAAAAUUUUGAAUUUUCCUUUAAAUCUCGUUAAAAUGAAUUUUGUUGGUAUAUAGUGCUCUUGAUAUAACGAAUUUCGCAGUAACGAACUUUCGAUAAAUCGAACUUUUUUUCGAUCCCAUUAAAUUCAUUGUGCCAUGAGUCAGCUGUAUUUUUAUACACAUACAGCUUUUGAUCAUCACGUUCAUCGUAAAUCUCGACUCAAAGUUUUACCCGGAAUGUGCGGAUUUAGUGACGUGUUUCCACUUUAAAUUUCAAGACCGGUAAAGUUCUCGUUUGAACGAAUGAAAACAGUAGGUACUAUCACUAUAUAUACGAGAUUAUUGAAAUCCGUUGAUAUAUUCAUUCGUGGGAUUUCUAUGCGAAAAAUGAUCAAAGGCAUAGAUAAUAUAUGUACGUUUCCGUCGUCUUUGUCGUUUUACUGCGAUCAUAUUGCCGCAAAAUUAUCGGUAAUAAUUUAGUUUUUCUCGUUUUUGUGUAUAGGUACGCCGAAUACUGACAAUUUCGGGACCUAAUUUGUUGUUUUUAUAAAAAACGGAUUUUUUUUAUGGAUUAGUUGAUGCAUAAAAAGAUAAUUCUUUAAAAAAUAGCAUUAUUGAAUAAGUUCCCGAUUUCGAGUAAAUAUUUGAUAAAUAAUUUGGGUACAUCGACCCUUGAAUCGGCUCCCGAAAAUGUACAGUUAAAUUGGCUCCCAAAAUCGUGGAAUAAUAUUAUUUAAAAAGGGAUUCUUAAAACACUCUGAGUCGUGUAUUCGCCAUUUUUAUACUCUUCAAAAUGUCAGUUCCAAUCACUCGUAAAUGUACAUAGGUACUUUAAUUGGAUAUGAUAUCAAUUAUGUAUUAUUAUCAAUGUACGAGCAUUUACACGGUUAUGAAUUUUAAACAAAUUUCUGGACAGAUUUGGGGGAAAAAAAUCUCAAAUUUCAGGGGGGGACGUUAUAACUCCCAAAUUCCCUCCUGCAGAUUGCGCCACUGCUUUUAGUUCUGUGUACCCUUUAUGAAUGUACACAAUUUAUUUUACAUAAUAUAAUAUAUAUAAAUAAAAGUAUUUAAAAACAAAUGUAUUUUAUAUGUAUACAUUUAGUAUUAUAAUUACGAGCAAAAACAAUUAAAUUAAAUGGUGACCAAAAUUAAAAAAUCUGUCAAGAACGGUUCAUAUAUUGAUAGUCUGUGACCAUGGCCAAAUCAAAACUGUCCAGGUAAUAAUGCCCAAAGUAAAAUAUGAUUUAACAUGAUCAAAUGAAAAAAUUUAACUUGAAUAUAUUUUUUUAAAAUUUCCAAAUUGUCCGUGUUCAUAUUUUCCUCUGAUCAUUUUGAUAUAAUGUGGACAGUUUUUCUUAGACGUUAUUUCCGUUUUCAAUUUUGCCAUUAUUACCUAUACUGUCGUCUACUACAUGUACCGUGGAUAAAUGUCGACUAGAAUCUCUAUAGAUUUGUAGAGUGAUGUAACUUACAUCGUGUAAGGCCGGGAGACUAUUUCGCAAGGAGUAUCUCAAGACGGCAAUGUCGUUUUGCAAUGUCACUGUAUACUCAAUGUGUAUACGGAAUUCGUUUAUCAAAAAACUAUUAUUGUCUUUACUCGUGCAAUCGCAGUAUUACAAUACACCUACCGUUAUUAUUUUAUUAAAUUGAUAUACGUAUACCUCUACCUAUAUAACAGAAUACGGUUUUCGCGUCGUUGGGGGCUGUAUGCCUGUACGUACAUAAGUACAUUCGACCGAAAUCCGAGUUUUCACCAUGGCGAUGACCUCUUUCGCGUAAACCCCCGAACCGUUGGAAAUUCUUUAUAUUAUUAUUAUUACGUUCGAGAUCCGGUAUGUAUUCUGCAGGUGCGCGCGUAGGUAUUAUACCUACCGCUCGAACGUAGAACUCCUAAAAUGCGCUGCUUUUGCAGUCGCACAAAUCGAUCGAGCCGUGCACGUUUGCUCGCCUAAUCGUCUGUAUAAGCCGGCCCGUUAAGUAGAUGCCUGCUCAUCGCAUACACAAAGGAUAACCUACCUAUAGGUCUUUGCAGAACUCUCGACAUUUCCACCGGAUAUUUCUACGUCGAAAAACGUUGUAUAGAAAAAUCGCGUUUCAUCUCGAAAUGAUAAUGAGCGUACAAAACAAUGGCGUGACUUGAUAAUAUGUAGGGAACGGACUUUAAUGCCAUAAAAAAUAAGAAAAAUGUCCUAAAAUAAUACGACUUAAUGCCUUAAAAAAAUGAUUUAAUAUCAAAAAUGCACUAAAAAAAUGCCCUAAAAAACAUUAAUUUUGAUGACUCAACUCAACAGUGCAAUACAAAAUUACAAUUUAGAUAAAUAGAUUAUCUUAUCUGCACUUGUAUAUAUGUAUAUACGUGUGUCAACAAUAAUUUCGUCUGGAGUCAGGAUUUAUCCGAUCGGUAAAAACAUAAUAAAUAUUUUAUUUUUUAUUUUUUUAGAAUGAAUGCUAAUCUACAUUUUUAUCGAAUUUUAUCCAUUCCUAUACAAAAAUGACUUAAAAACAUAAAAAUGCCCUAUAAAUAUCCAAAAAUACAAAAUAAAAGUUACAUUUCUUAAUUCCUUGAUGUAUGAAAUGAACUUUGUGCUUGGAAGCAAUGUUUUCUGACAUUCAGAAAAAAAUGCAAUUUGCAUUCAAAUCCGUUCUCUAAUAAUAUGUAAUAAGAAGUCCGUGAUGUGUGCAUGUCCGGAUUGCGGUUCCUAGCUUGCUCAUAAAAACGAACAACGUUCGUACCUUAUAUGCCAGAGGCGGAGUGGCUUGAAAAUUACUACAAAUAUAUAUAUAUAUAUAUGUCCAAGCCACUUCAAUUUUUACAAUUUCUUGACACCAAAUUGAUUUUUAUUGACCUUUGAUAUACCUAAUUAUUAUUUUUGUUUACAGAAGUAUAAAAAUACAGUUAUAGAACCUUUCAUUAUCACUGGAUUAACAAAAAUAGGCAAAAUAUUUACGGCAUUACGCAUUACGAUUUAAUUAUUUUAAAUUUUUACGAUUUAUGUUAUAUACCAGAAAUCAAAAAGCAACAAAAGAUCUUUUUUGUUGCAUAUUGUAUCUAGUCGAUUAAUAAGUAAUUCAUUUUUUUCAUUUUUCAUUUUCAAAAUACAUUUUUAUUUUUUAUUUUAAUUGGGAAUUACCGGAAAAAGACGUCAAAUUAACUGAUACUUUACUAAACUGACAAAUUUAAGGCACUAACAAUUGCAUUGUUUUAAAUGUUUUUCAAUUUUAUUUUCUACAAGAAAUAUUUCUCCAAAUUCCGAGAAUAAUACCUUUUCCAAAAAAUAAUUUUGUGUAAUUUUUUUGUAAGUUAGGUUAUGUUAAAUUAGAUUGGACGAUAUUCUGUAUAGUUUUUUUAAUAUUUGGCAAAACAAAAAGAAACCGGAAAGUUUACGGAAAUAACGGUUUCAUUUUUUUCAAUUUUAUUUUUUGUUCUUAUUUGGUUAAAAAUAGGAGCAGUUUAUAGGCGUUUUACAUUUUCUAAUUUUUUUUUUUUUUAAUUUUUAUUUGGUAAGUACGAUAAAAUUAUUUUACCAAACAGAAAAUGUUUGGAAAUGUUCAAGAUUCAUUAUAAGUUGUACAUAGUAGUCAAGAAAAAUAAAGAGCUGAUGCUAUUGAUGGGUGUGCCACUGUUGAGGUAGGAAUUGAGAGAGGUAGAAUACAUUUAAUUUUUUUACUUUAUAUCUGUAAGCAACAAUAUAAACUAUUGCUAACGAAAUACGAUUUUGCGCAUUAAAAGACGUAAUUUUUACUAUUUUCGUCAAAAUUUGAUCUUAAAACUCUAAUGAGAAAAAAAAUGUUCAUUUUCAUUUUACAUAUUUUCUUGUUUAUACAAUUAUUAUGAAAACUGCUUAUAAAAUCAAAAAAUAACUUACUUAUUCAUAAACUAGAUCCAAAAUUUAAAAAGACAAGUCUCUUAAAAUUUUUUUAUUAAAUUUGUUUGGUAGAAAACUUAAAUCGUAAAAAUUUAAAAUAAUGAAAUCGGUAACGUCACGGCGCACCGUGAAUAUUUGUUCGUUUUUCCUAUAAUUUUGUUUCCUGUUUUUUCCAGUUAUGGUAGAUAGGCCGCGUUCCUGUGGCCCAUGAGAAAUAGAGGCUCACAAAGACUAUAUUAUGAGUCGAAUCAAAUAUUUAAGAAUGGUUUAUCGUUGUCUGCAGAUAUAAAUUAAAAGACUUUAUGUGUCUUAUUUAUGCUCAACUUCCCAUCUACAACAGUGGCACACCCAAUAACAUUAUUAGCUCUUUUUUUUAUUAUACCUCGAAAAACAGAGCGAAAUUCGAUUAAACAUAUUAAAAGUAUUAUAUAGUUAUUAGUUUUGUGAAAAGUUGUCGGCCGUAUUCCGAAAUUCCUAAAAUAAGUACAAUAGUCACUAUACUUGUACCUAUUUAGGCACUAUAAAAGUCGUUAACUUCGUCGUAAAAUCCAACCGGAAAAAUAAAAUAAAACAUUAAUAAACGAAACAGGUUCCGUUGUACCUACCUAUUACGAGUAUAUUAACCUAUUACCUAUUAUAUUAACUGCAGUAAUCCUCCUACCUAUCAGUUACCACACUGUUCGAUUGUAUACAAUUUGAAAUAUGAUAAGUGAUAACAUUGUUAACUAGGUCAAUGGAUCAUAAUAAUAACUUUUAAUCCGAUAUUAUGUUAUAUUUGUUCAUAAUUAUUGUCACGGAAAUUUGCGAUUCGUUCACCAUGCUAAAUUUUAAAACUACAUUUUUGGAGGUCCUAAAAUACUACAGCACAUGCCCUAAAAUUGAUUUACUCCGAUUUGUCUGAAAUUUUUCUUAAUUAGCAAAUCUUAUUAAAAUUAAUAUGCAUUUUUAAUAAGAAAAUUAUAAUUAUCCGAUAAUAUGAGUGGCCCACUCAUGUUCCAUGAUUAAAAGUAGGUAGCUUUGUUGGGUUUUUAAAAUUAGUUUUGUUAUUUUAAUUUGAACCCAACAAUUUUUGAUAUUCACCCUAAAAUUAUGUAGCAUCCCAUGUCCUUUUUUACCAAUCCGCGUCUGUACCUACCUACCACUUUAAACCAUUGGCCGGUUUCGUAAUUUGGUCUCGGGGGGAGGAAUGUACAAAAUUUUUAAAAAUUGUAUAAAAGAGGCAGCCAUGAACUUAUUAGCUAAGGGUUAUUUCAAACCAUAUGCUCUUUUCUCUUGGUGUAAGGUUUGAAAAAAUGAAAAAGUCAUCACAAGUUUAUAUUUGUGAUUAAUAUAUUAGGUAGGUAUCUUACAUUUAAACAAGACAACUAAUAUAUACCAAUAGAAAUAUAUAUAUAGAUAUUAAUGACAAACAAAUUAUACAAUUUAUAAUAACAUAAUAUUUACUCUACAAUAGACUGAUAUAACAUAUAGGUAAACAAUCCAUUUAAUCAAUUCUAAUUAACAAAAUACAUAAUUAUUUAUAAGGUACUCACUACUAAUUCUGUCAUUACUAAUUUUCAACGACUCCACGAGUAGUUUUUAGCAAUGUUAGUUGGCUACCAAUUACUACUUUGGUUCAAAUUUAGGUUAUCAAAAACAUUAAAAUUUUUUUUGUUUAUUGUUUAUUUCUCGUAUGAAAGAAUACCUCACCGAGUCUCUCACCACUGCCCCAUCAAUAAAUUACUUACUUAUGCAGAUUAAUUAUUUGUCCUAUUAUUAACCAAACGUACCUACCGUUUUUAACCUUAUUAAUUAUUAUAAUAGGCAAUAUUAUUAUUUACCAAUAUAAGUUAACAUUAAGUAUUUCCGAAGUCUCCGAUGUCGUUAAAUACAAAAUAUUGCGUUUCUACUUUGCGGUAUUCUGGAUACGCACAUGUUAUUUUUUAAAUUUAAAUGGUUUAAAAAAUUUCAUGGAACACAAAACAAACAACUGCCGGUACUUCAAAUUGUUAUCUAUACAAUGUCCAUAAUAUUUAUUUUUCAUCGUUAUCACUUUGAUAAUAAUUAUUGUUUAGUUUAGAUUUUAUUUACAUCCGCUACACCUACUUAAUUAUUGUCUAUUAUUAUCUACUCAUUUAUAGUUUUCAGCCAUUCCAAAAUUUCUUUUGCAUUAGUCUGAUUUGGGUUUUAGUACACUCACAUUAAUCCAUUACUGAAUUCAUUAAUAAAAUUGUAAAUAUUUACUCCUAAUAGUCUGUUAAAAAAAAAAUAUUUAUUUAAAUACCUAGUACAAUAAAAACGUAAAUUAUAUUUUUUUUUACAAUCGAAAACACUUAAAAAUUUCAAUUCUUGAAAAUCAUUUAGCUAUUCAAUUAGUUUGUGAAUACAAACAAUAAUGUGUGUUGGUGAGUUUAAUAAUAUUUUACGUUUAUGUACUAUAAUAAUGUUCAGUAAUAAGUCUUAGUUAUAAGAAUCUUGGAAUGUGAAUAGGGUGUUGCCAAGGUCACAAUUAAACCAUGUACCAAUUUUUCUUUAUUUUUUUUUUUUAAUACAAAAAUUAAUAUUUUAUUUCAUAAGUAAACAUAAUUGUAUAUAUUUUAUAUGGUAUGUUUUUUUUAUUUUUAUAGGCUGCCUAUCUCGUAUGAGGCCACGCUAUAAACGGCUUGUUGAUAAUAUAUUCCCAUCUGUACCACAGGUAUUAUAAAUUAACAUUUAAAAGUUUAAAAUUUGUUAUUUUAAAUGGUAAUUUCAUGGUUUAGGAAGGUUUAGUGAAGAACAACAUGGAAAAAUUAACGUUUUAUGCUCUAUCUUCACCGGAAAAAUUAGAUCGUAUUGGCGAAUAUCUCUUCCAAAAAGCCAGUAGAGAUAUAUCCCGUAAAAGAAAUGAGUAAGACAUUAUUAAUGCAUAUUAAGAAGUGUACUUAUAUAAUAUAUAUUUUGUUUUAAUAUUUUUAAAUUUAGAUUUGUAAUGAUUGCUAUGGAAGCUAUGGAUCAGCUUCUUGUGGCAUGUCACGCCCAAACAUUAAAUUUGUUUGUUGAAAGCUACUUACGCAUUGUGCAAAAACUACUUGAAUCAUCUGAACCAAGUUUGCAAAUACUUGCUACGCAAUCGGUAUAUUAUAUAAAUUUACUUAUCUUAAAUAUUAAUUUUAAACAAUGAACAACAAAAAUAAAAAAAUUUUUUCAUUUGCAGUUUGUGCGGUUUUCUAAUAUAGAAGAGGAUACACCAUCGUAUCAUAGACGAUAUGAUUUUUUUGUAUCUAAAUUUUCAUCAAUGUGUCACAACAACAAUGCUAAUCUUGCUACUUUGGAAAUGAUACGGAUGGCCGGCAUUAAAGGCAUUCAAGUAUAAUUAAUUUUAAAUAUUUAUAAACAAUUUUUGUUUAAUGUUUUGAAUUUUUAUUUAGGGAGUCAUUAGGAAAACAGUUUCUGAUGAUUUAGUCGAAAACAUUUGGGAACCUGUUCACAUGGAUAAAAUUGUUCCGUCUUUAUUGUUUAAUAUGCAUACAAUGAAGUGAGUGUCUAAUUAUUAUUAUUUAACCACUAAAUGAUCUGAAAAUAUUUGAAUAUUAUUAUAUGAUUGUUGUAUUUUGCAAAUAAAUUGUUUGUCCUGUAAUAUUGACUUUAUAAUAUGACUUUAUUCUGUAUAUAAUAUUGUUUAAUGCUUUUCUUUUUAAUUAAUAUGUUAUAUUCAAUUUGUAGAUCAAAAUCAGAUAUUGUAGUCGAGAGUGGAAUUUCUGAAGAAGUUAAUGAUAAAAAUGAUGCUUUCUCAUUAGCAGAAUCUUGUUUAAGGGAGCUAAUUGGCCGUGCAUCAUUUGGUCAUGUCAAGAGUGUCAUUCGCCCUGUGCUUAAGUAUAUAUUUUGUUGUAAUUUCGUUUAAUUUUUAUAAAAUUGUAUAUUUGUUUGUUAAGACAUUUAGAUGCUCAUCAUAUGUGGGUCCCAAAUGUGUUUGCCACACAGUGUUUUCGUAUUCUAAUGUUUUCUAUUCAAUCUCAAUAUUCAUAUGCCGUUGUGGAAACAUUAAUGACACAUUUAGAUGAGAACAGUAAUGCAUCUCCAAAAAUUCGAACCAGUAUUGCAGAUGUACUAUCCAAGAUCAUAGCUAUUGCUGCUAAUGAAAGUGUUGGACCAACAGUAUUAGAAAUAAUCAAUUCCUUGCUUACUAAUCUUCGUACAUCGGUCACUAGACGACCACCGUCCAACAUUGGUCUGGCUGAAUCUGACGGUGAAAAUGAAUAUAGGGAAGCUCUUAUACAUGCACUAGGGGAAUUUGCAGCUCAUUUACCCGAUUACCAAAAAAUUGAAAUUAUGAUGUUCAUCAUGUCAAAAGUUCCUCAACUUAAAUCUUCAAACAAUCCCAACGAUCUACAUGUACAGAGGAUGUGUCUAAAAUCACUCUUAAUGGUAUUUAUUUGUUUCCGGUUUUUGUGCAUAUUGAUCGUUAUUAACUUUAAAUAUUAUUACUUAGGUAAGUACCAAAUAUUGUUCAGUUCAGAUGAAUGCCACAUUUCCACAAUCGUUUUUGGAUCUAUUAUUAAAAACACUAACUGCAUCCGAAGAUGAAAUUCGCUUUAUUGUAUUGCGCAUAUUACACACACUUUUAGACCGACACAAUAACGCUUCUAAGUUUUCUAAAGCUACGUGAGUUAUCUCAAGUUGAUAUUUGUAUACUGCCCAGAAACUGAAAGUAUAUAAUAAAAUAUCGUUUUUUUUUUUUUUUUUAGAGUAAAUAUUACAAAAUCUGAAAUAAAUCUAGAGAAAUGUUCCCGCAGUGAUACAAUAUUUAUCCGAAAACACGCUCAAGAUAUUUACGUAUCUAUAUAUGAAUGUUUAGAGAUCACUAACAAUACUGUUGACAAUGUUGAAGCUGUUUAUACAACUCUGGCUUUAAUAUGUAUUGAACUGUUGUCUGAGGAAACAGUUUUAGACUUUAUUAGACUGAUUUUAAGCAUACAAGAAUUGGCUAUUACUAACGCUGUACUUUCAACCCAACAAAAAUUUCAUUUGCAUGCUUUGGUUGUUAGCAUUAUGCUCCUAGUUGCAAUCAUAAUAGAUCUACAUCCGCUCAAAAUUUAUAUAAACAAAGUAAGACAUAAAAUAUAGUUUAAUUGUAUUGUAUUAACUAUGAACAUAAAACAUAUUAAAAAUUUUGAUUGCAGAUAAUCGAACAAAGAAAACUAUUAAAUGCUACUCAUUUGCUACCAGAAUUAAGCAUACAUAAUGAAAUUAAAUCUAUUAGUCUAUUGCCAGCUGGUGUUUUGAUUGAAGAACCAGAACUUACCGAAGCUUUAAAAGCUUCAGGAAUUGAUAUAACAAGUUGGUUUUAAUCUAGUCUAGUAUAAUGUAUUAUGACUGAAUGAAUAACUUUUUAAUGCAAAUUAAAAAAACCAUCAUCACAUUCAUAAUCAGUUGAUAAAAAAAUUAAAUUAAUUUCUUUAAUGUUUUGAAAAAUUAAUAAGAGUAUUUAUCAGUUUAAUUAUUAAACAUUUAAUUGGCUAAUUAUAUUACAUUAGAGGUUAUUAUUUCAAUUCAUAGUAUUUAACUGUCACAUAAAAAUAUAACAUAUUAAAAAUGUUUGUGGUCAAAAUAAACAAUAUUUAUCUAUUUUUUUUUAUUUUAUCAAUUUAACAAAUUAUUUUUACAGUGCCCCUAAUAACCAGUUACUUAUUAAUAUGAUAAAAUUAGUUUUUAUAAGAUAUCAUAUUUUAUAACUUAAUUGUCAUUUUUUCAAACUUAUUUUCUUUGAUAAAAAAACCAUAUAUUUGAACAUAACACUUGAAGACUAUAUAUUAAGUUAUAACUUAAUAUUUAUUUCUUAACAACAAUGCUAACUUUGCAUAUAUGAAGUUUUUUGUUCACAUCAAUAAUACAUUUUUAGUUGGAAAAUUAAUUUUAUAAUAUGAUAAACAGAGUAAUGAAAUUUGUAUAACCUUAUUGUCAAAAAUUGUAUGCAUACUAACAAGAAAGUAGAUCCCAAUUUAUUCAAAUUAAAGAAUUUCUAUCCAUUUCUUUUUUUAUAGUUUUAGUUUUAUUGAUUUCUGGAUUACCCUCAUCUACAAACGAAAAAAUAUGACUAAUACUAUUCUGCUUAGAAUCAAUUUUUUUUUUUUUUUAAACAAUGAUUAUUCUUUUCCAUGCAUUUCAUAAUGUAAAUUAUCCUAUACAUCCCAAUCACAUACAUACCUACAACAGUUGUCUAUCGUGAACAGUAUCAACUUUUUUUUAUUAAUAGAUCAACUUUCUAUACAAUAAAAUGUAUUUGUAAGAAAAAAACAUUUUUAACUUUACCCUAUUUUAGAUUAUUUGAUAAUACAGUUUUUAUUUUAUUUUCUAGCAGAGACUGGUCCAGUAUUAACUCACAGACGUAGUUGGGUGGAAAACACAAAUAUGUCAAUGAAAGGAAGUUAUACUGACCUGAGCAAUUUAGAUUUAGAUAGUGUUAACUCAACACCAGCAAUGCAAAGGGUUUGUAUUAUAAAAAAAUACUAAAAAUGAUGGUGUACACAUUUCAAUUUUCAAAUAUUUUCUGUAUAGCGUUUUUCUCCAAAUGAAGAUCUAUCAUUUGAAGCCAUGAAGCGUUCGUUAUUAGACAACCCAGCUGUUAAAGCCGAACAAAAUACUAGGCAAACUCAACUUUGUGAUUUAUACAGAAAUGCGUCUUUCCAGGAUUUAGUUGCAAUUUCUACUGCAUCAAAAGUAAUAUUGGGUUUUAUUUUUAUUAUUAUUAAUAUUAGUUCAUAUAUAUAUAUAUAUAUAUAUUUCUUACAAAUAAGUAAUUAUAACAUUUUUUUAUCCACAGGACGAAGAAUCGUUACACACAAAAAUAACUGAUGUGUUUAAUAAAGUAGACUUAUCGAACAAGCUGUCAGCGAUUGAGACAAAUAAUAAUUCGAAACCCAUCUAUGAGACAUUGUUCCCAGAACUGUUUGCAUUUUAAUAAAACUAACUGGAAUAUUUGACAAUGUUCUUUUAAAAAAAAAAAUAUUAUUAUUGUUAUUAAAAUGUAUUAAGCUUAUGUCUGUUGAUUAUUAUUUAUUAUUAAUUAUUAUUAGUAUUGUUAAUGAGGUGUAUGUUUAACUUAAUAUAUGUAUUUGUGGUUUUUUUU